AUGAGAAGGCCAAAUGAAGUUGAAUUUAGUAAAACUGCUUUAAUGGGCAACUGGUAUGAAGACAGAUUGGCCCCUCAAUAAUUACAGAGAGAUCCUAAUGCUACAAAAUCAUUAAGAGGAGUUGAGGAAGGCAUUUCCAUUCCAGGAGAUAAUGGAUGUUUACUUCCUUUGCCAAGAAUCAUAGUGCCAGAUGAUGGAUAUAGAGAAUUUAGAACUGAAUUCUAAACAAAGUUUGAUGCUAAAAAUAUUCAGAACAUGUAAUUAGGAGAUUGCAGAUCUUUGAUUAAAACAAAUGGUGAUAAGGUUAGCUUCCCAGAAUGUAAUACAACAGUUGCAUAAACUUCAGGAGCUAAAUCAAUUAAAUAAUUAGACCAAACAAAUAUGCAUUAAAUAUUGGUGGAUCGAGCAGUACAUCAAAAUUAUACAGAUUUUGGUUCCACAUUCCAAAACCAUCCCGAAUAACAUAAUAAAUUUUAUGCCAUUACUACAUACUAAUAAUCCUUUUAACAACCUGAAAAUAAUGUGGCAGAAAUUCUGACUGAUAAAAAGAAGAAGCCAUAAGCAGCUGGUUGUAGAGAAAGAGAUCCCUUUGAUUAAGGCUUGAAAAUGACUUCGGUUAUUACAGGAGAAAAAUACAGAAACUCCAUCGAUCCAAAAGAGAAUACUCAAGUAUAAAGGUAAUGGAUUCAUUGUGGAGAUGCAGGAUUGACGACUGCCUAAAAUAACUUAAGAUAAAGCAGUAUGGAAAAUUAUAAAAAGAAUGCUAGUUAAGUACAUCCACAUGAUAUUGCUACCAGUUUGCCUUUAGGAGAUGGUGUCUACACUUUACAUUCUAAAUACACUGAUCCUGGUUAAUUUAGACAUAUUAGAAGCGAUGUCUUACAAGAAUUAUGAAUAAACCAAUUACAAGGAAAUGAAUAUUAAUUUUAAUAGCUAUUGUUAAUUUAUGCUUGUCAA